AAUGCGGCUCAUUGCGGCUCUGACGAUAAUGUCGUAUGCUGUAGUUUUUCUUUAUCAUCAGAUGAUUCUCAAUUCUGCGGCUUCCCAUUUGCCUCAGUUCUCAGUCACGAUUUGGAACCAUCCGUCACUUGACAGCUCGAUGAAAACAGCAUGGAAAAUUAUUUCAAUUCGGAUCUCCGUAUUUGUAUGUUUAAAACUGCAUUUCUCACGGCAUGUGUUCAGUUCAACGUGAUGAUCUGCAAUCUCCCCUUUGUAGAGAAUAACUGGUAAUAUAAUCUUGUGAAGUUACAAAAAAAUAAUACGAACACAGACUACGCGGAUCGCAAUUUAACUGAUGUUUAAGCCCUUCCCAGUUCUGUACGUCAUGCAAGCCGUGCUCACGAGUAAUUAAUAACACACCUGACGCACCACAACGAAAAAAGGAGUUCAGUCACACCCAAAAGCGAAUUUUUAAUCCAUCUACUCAGUCUUAUCUGUGACAAAAAGUUACGCUUAAUGUAAUUCAAAAUCAACUGAAGCCAUUUCCCAAGAAUAAUUAACACAUCAGAAUUAAAAAUGGUACGUGUGAUUCCAGUGCAUAAUUUUUUGAGCCAGAACGUGGCCACAAUAGAAGAGCCCACUGCAUCGUGUGUAGCAUGUAAUCUUCACGGAGAAUUAUUGUUGUUGGCAUUACCAACCCAUUGUGUCGAGGUUCAUGAUCUCAAAACGUCUGACCUGAAACUUCUCACAGUAUUUCCAACUGUCGAUUUGGUAUGUCAAAUCCUCCACUGCACAACAGGCGAUUAUGUCGCAACUCUGGAAUCAAAAACAUCAAGAGAUGGUCUUACGACUAGCUACUUUGUAAGAGUUUAUGUUAAUUGGGCACUAGUAGAAAGUCAAGGACAUGCCAUGCGAGCAAGAAUAGCAGGCAGAGUAACACCGAGCUUAAACCGUCCUAUGAAUAGUCUGGAGAUGAUAGAAUUGCCUCUCAACGGUCAGCCAACGGUUAUAGCAUGCUGUCAGAUGACAGGAAACCUACUUGUUGCAAUUGGCUGUAGCGCUAUUCUUCACGAGUUUAAGGUAGAGACUCAGCAAACUUCGAAAUUAAAAUUUAUAGACUUUGAGGCAAGGCCCUGGUCUUUGGGCUUCAGUUUUUCUCCUACUCGAAUGGAAAUCACAGAAGAUUUCAUUUGCAUAUUGAAUUCAACGCACUUCCUCGCCUUUCGCCUAACGAAUCCAAUGUACGAUGACAUUGAUCAGCUCAGUUCUAUUGCCUCAACGAAUUCGUCUUCAGUUGACAAAACUUCGAUAUCUACAAAUUUUUCUUCACUGGAUAAAACUGAGAAGACAUCAAGUUCCGGACAACAGGAUUCAUCUCCUCGUUCAAUUGAGAAUUUAAAUUUCAAAACUACUUAUAGAGGGCAUGAACAAUCCGGUGCUGUUAGCCUUGAUUUGAAUUCUCUGGUAACUAGCGAUUCUAGAUUAAAAUUAUCCCCUCGGGAUAGCACAAAAGUGAAUGUAGACCAGAACUUGAAUAACAAUAAAUUACUCCGCUCUAGGCUGGGUCCUAACAAGGUACGAUCCAAAAUUAUUUCCAACCCGUACAUAGAUUGGGAAAGAUUGGUAUGCAACGAACACAAUGAAUUACAAAGGCUAGCAUCACGGGGCAUCGUGGAAACGAAUUCACUUCCAUUUACCGUUAAUCUACCGUCUAUAAGCUUGGAGAGAGCAAGUCCUGGACACACCUUGAAUCCGUUUAUAUUGAAUCCAAGCAACAUGGACGUUGUGAUAAAAACAACAUCACCGGACGACGGUUGGUCAGAAAAUUAUGCAGUGAAAAAUUUACUCCGUAUAAAAAUAUCGAACCAACCCAAGAACUCAAACUAUGAUGGGGAGUCAGAGAUAUUUACUUGUCUUGAAUUAAAACCUCUGUACCUAAAAAGGGAGUGCAACAGUCUCUGCUUAAAGAAGUCUAUACUCAGGUCCGAUAAGUUUAAAUAUCUUCAUGGUAUUACAUGUAUUAUCUGUACCACUCAAGAGGGAUAUGUCUACCACUUUGCGGCAACAAACUGUGAGGAUUCCAAUCCGACUUGCUUGACAACCUAUCCAUUCACUGCACCCGUUCGUCAUAUUGCUUUGGAAAACACUGUCCUUCACGCGCUCACCGAAGCUGGACUCGAGUCCUAUACUUUACGGUUGUCCCACCACAUAGCUAGAAGUUUAAACUACAUCGAUAACUACAAAAUCUCAUGCCCCAGUGUAUCGGAGCCUGUCUGCCUGAUUGGCCUGCACCCAUUUUUGGGAAUGCAAAACUUAUUGUAUACCAGUAGUUGUCUCGUUCUUCUAGCCAGAGCAGAAAACUCCUGGACUUUGUACUCUUUGAAUUUACCAAGCUCUGAAAAUUUGUACUUGGAUUUUUUGAACACUGCUAAACAUCACAAAAACUCCAGCCCAAUUACGUACAGGCACCUGCUCGGCGAAGCACACACAAUACUGAGAUUGUCUAAAGAAGUUAAGCGAUUCACUGGUACAUCCAUUACGGAUACGUCAAAUAUUAGUCAAGAUGUCCCAGAUUCUAGGAUAGAGAGCUUAUACAGCCAGUCGUGCGCCUUGUUGGGGGAUUUCUAUGUCAAUUCUGAUUUACAAACAGAAUGGGAAUUGAGUAUUCCUUAUUACAGAAUGUCCCAGAUAAGAACUGCAGAGAUUAUUUCAAGGAAAUCAACAGCCAAUGCUCCUGGUUUGGUCAGAUAUCUGAGUGAAAGCUUAGCAAACAUGAGAAGCGGACCCGAAGCGGAUGCCCUUUUCCAAACUCACAAUGUAGUAGACUUAUUAAGUUCAGAAAGUGUCGAAGAAUUGUCAAUUUUGAUACUGAGAAGUUCGAUAUUGAGAGAAUACGCGACUGACAAAUUGAUUAAUGUUUUAUCGAAACAGGUAUCUAGCGACUGCGCAAGAUUGGCAACCGUGCUGCUGUACCUGCAGUCAGAGAAACAAGAAGUGGCCAAGGAAGUAUUGGCACCAAUAUCAGAAGUUUUCGUUGAGAAGAUGGUCCUCGAGCAUUGGCACCUUCUGUUCGAUUCAACUGCUUUGAAAAAACGGAGCCGAGCUGUGCCAACCUUCUCGGAGUUCUCCGGUAUUUUGAUGCAACUGAAAACACGAAUAUUCGCCGAGGUUCUGACCCAGCUUAUCGAUGAUGGUAUUCUAACGUUGCAUCAAGUUGUGCAAGUGUUUUUAGAGUAUUUACCAUCCAGAGUUGGGAGGGAUGGUCAUGAUGCGGCAGCAGCAUUGCAGCUCUUUAUAGAAACAUACUUUCAAUGUUUCUACGGUGAUAAAUCGUUGGAGCGGUCUUGCUGUUCGAUAACCAAGACAGCAAACGAUUUUGCAAUUGCGGAAGCCUUCCGAAUCCUGGUGAGAUCAUAUCUGGGCAACUUGACACAGUCGAAAGUAUACAAAACAGUAGAAAACAUUACAGAUUGUAAUCAAAAUGAAGAAAAAGCGUACCUGUUUGCCAAUAAACGGCCUUUGUAUCUUAAUAAAUUACCCCCCUACUCAACAGAGUGUAAAAGAGUACAGCGUCAUGAAGAAAUAAACAAUACGUGUGAUGUAAUCAAAUCAAUUCGUAGCGAAGUACCAAAACUGCAAGCCUUACUGGCCAGCGGAUACCUACCUGCCGAAUGCAUACGAGAAGUAAAGCAAUUUUUGGAGACCCAAGAAAUCGAGGGCCAUCUUGCAUUAAAAUCGCUAUGCAUAACCGACAAUGAGAUAGUUACACGGAUGCUUAUGAUAGAAUACCCACAGGCAGUACUACAGUAUGCAAAGGAUAAAUAUACCAAGGAAACUGAGUGGAAAUGUUUGAUUCAAUUGCUGCAAAAUGAAAUCUCAAUGCUGGACGAGGGUCAGGAAUCUCAACAGUGCUUUUUUGAUCAAAUAAUGAAAGACACACUGACGUAUUUGGCACAAACUUUACCUUUGGAUGAACUCUGCCGAGUUCUACCAAAGGAGGAUGAAGCAGCAUACAAGCGCUACACAGAUGCUUGUCGUCGAGCAGGUCAUGCGGACCAUGUAAAAUCGUUGAUUGUCGCAACAGGUCAUCAAUUAUUAGCUACAUUAAAUCUAUAAAACUGUAAGUAGUAAAUUGCGAAAAUCUUACUCUACUUGUACAUUGUCCUGAAUUUAAAAAAAAGAAUUUUGUCCUCGUUGGAAAUUCAUCCAUACAGUGCAGAGUAUGUGCAUUGGGUUGAUAUUGGGACACAAAUUUAGUAUAUUGAAUUUUGUUUUUCUUCCGAGCUAUCCUACUUCUAUACGUACAAACGGAAGUUCGUCAUAACUGACAUACCUUGUAUAAUUUAUAAGUAUAAGAAAUAAGUUGUUUAUGUCAGGAAAACAAAGUGAGAGAACACUGAUUGAGAACUACAUAAAUUAGCUCUGUAAUUUAUCGUUGAGAAUCUGAUAUUGCUUUUGUUUUAUCAGCUAAUUGCUCGAAUUUCUAAAGUCAAUGACUUUGUUUUUUUUUUGCACACUAGUCAUUCGUAGUCAUAGAGAUUAUAUAAUAUAUAACACAUGAGAUGCCAGGCGAUCCAGAAAAAUGUAAUGAAGAUAUUACUUGUUUGAUGGUUAAUCAUAUUAGAUACACGGUUUAUGCCAAAGUACUUAUAACAAUGAAUAAGAAUACUUAUAACAAUGUACGAUAGAAUAUCUCAAUUUGUUACAAAGCUGUGAUUGAUGAUUCGAUUCAUUACAGUUGAAUCUGCACUAUUUAAACGUAAUACACAUUAUGCUUUAUUUUCAAUUAUCGGUUUUGGAAAUUCUGUCAUUGUCGCUCACUGUCGUUAUAUUUUAUAUCUAUUCCAACAAAGAUGAUAAUUUAAAUGGGUGAAAAUUGUAAAGUUCACAAGGAAAAUCUUCCUGUAAUGGACUAAAUUCGGCUUCUUAGCUAAAUUCAGAUACUGUUUGGAACCAACUAUCAGAUAGCUACUAGUAAUCAAUUAAUAACUGAUGUUAACGAAAUUUUAAAUGAUAAGAUUAUAGUUAUAUAUAUGCAUAUUAUAUUAAAUAUAAUGGACUGUUGAGUGUUUUUACAUAUUAUAAGUAGAGAUUAAAUUUUAAAACAGUUUAAAAAUUUCUAAGGCGUUUUGUUAUUCUUCAACAGUAUCUUAGGCAAAGAUUUACAGAAUAAUAAGUAUACUUAACAAAUUGUCACACUAAUUGUAACAGGCAAAGUCCAAGUUCUCGGUUUAAACUGUGGUUCCCACUUUGCUACGAACUAUAGCAUUCACUUUGCCAAUUAUACUUAAUAAUUACAUAUCCCAAAUUUUUUGUCUUAAUCAAUGAUCACAUAAAUUAGAUAUUGCAAUAUAACUGAUCUGAUAUUACACAACGCUUUAGAAAGUAAACUGCAGUCUUGAUGUGCCUUUAGGAUCUGUCUCUCUUUGUUAAACUAUUCAUAUAAAUUAUAUUUCAAAUUUCGUAUCGUAUACAUCGAUGAAUUAGUACGACGUAAUAAAUGAAUGAAGUUAGAAAGUAUCGCUGUGUCUGUAAACGAACGGUAAAUUAAACUUAUUAAUGUUACAUUAACGGUGCCGUGGUGCAUGUAUAUUGUCAUACUUACCUCAUUUGUAUAGUAUCAGUUUGAUGAUCAAUCACGUAAUAAAUCGAUCAGAAUCUUACUCGGAAAUGAUUUGCAGUCAUUUCCAUCGGAUUGGAUUUCAUGCAUCUACCUCGAAGGCAAAUUUAAUAUUCCAAGCAGUAGCAUAAAUAGUCUUUGACGUGAAACUACACAGACGUUAAUACAUGUAUAUCACAUUUAUUUUAAUUCAAUUUACAAUAAUUAAUUUUUUUAACACAACGGAUUCGCGUAAUUUUCAACUAUGUAACAACUAGUGUUGCUUUCGCAUUUCAACAUAAUAAAUAGAUUUGAGAUACGUGUAGUGAAGGCACCAUUCUCCAUAUUUACUCAGUACAUCUUUGACCUGCCGCUACUAGAAAAUCGAGUAACACUUCUACAGCAAAGAGGUCACAACGG